AUGUUGGAAGACCAUCCGAAAGAAAACCCAAUAAAGUCCUCAUUUUUUUCUCGGCCACCUCAGUAUCCACUGGAAGUUAAUUCUGUUUACCGUCCUAAAUUUUCGAAUCUCGUGAUAGACAAACCAUACAUUAAACCGUUUUACCUGCGCGAAGAUAAGCGAUCCCGUGGAAGAAUUGACGGGACCUCUGUUGUUGAUGAGGCAAUUCCAACGACUGCUGACUUCAAUUUGAACGAGUCCAACGCGGACGUCAACAUCGAACCGAGUAAAGAGCCAUCGCAUAUUACGGUUAAUCAAGACAUUCAAGGAGAAGACAAAAGCGAGGAAAUUGAGGGUUUGGUUCAUAAUGAUACAUCUGAGAAUGGUUCGACAUUGGAAAGCCAUUCGGUUGUUGAGUGUGGUUCCGAAAAGUCGACCGACCAUGUGUCGUCCCAAGGUACUAGUGUUUCGGGGGUUGUCCCCACAGCACAAAUAGAGCAGCAAAGUGUUACUGAUGCCUCUGCUUUUGUGGAACCCAUCAAUUGUCAAUCCAUUGAAAUAGGUAAAGAAGAUGUCCCGAACAACGUCGCGCCUACUUUAAUGGAGUUGCCUUCUUCUGUGUAUGUCCCACCAUUCCAUUCGGUCCCACCUGUUAUAAUGUCCCAAAAUUUAGCCACGUUCCCCUCAACGCCAAUUGAUUCUUUUGUUAACCCGUUGUUUGUGCCACAACUCUUUUCUCCCGUUCAGCCCCCAAAACCAUUCCCAAAGUCAAAGUGCAAACAAUUUAGUGUUCCAUCAGCGUUCCAGGAAAACGGGCUAUACGGCAUGGGAAUCACUCAAAAUGGCUCUAGUAAAGAAUACUAUGUGAUGGUUCAUGUUGAAGCUGGAGCUACCUUCUCCAUUCGUACUGGAGACCAAGAACAGCAAAUACCUGGUGAGUUUUACUGA